UUUAAAAAUCUGUAAACACUUCCCAACGAGAGACUAAUUGCAGCGGAGUGGCUAAACAACUUUUUGUGUAGUGUCUAAAAGCUUUCGUGGAAAAGCGCAACCAUAUCGAGCUAAAAUGUCCAUUAAAAAGAAAUCUAAAAAGGCCGGCUCAAAGAAGAAGGCUCAGAGAGCAACAUCCAACGUGUUUGCCAUGUUCGAUCAGCAGCAGAUUCAGGAGUUUAAAGAAGCGUUCAGCAUGAUCGACCAGGAUCGCGAUGGAUUCAUCAAAGACACCGAUCUGAAGGAUAUGUUUAACUCGCUGGGAAAGGAAGAGUCUAACGACUACAUCGUCGAAAUGUUAGACGAAGCGUCUGGGCCGUUGAAUUUCACCAUGUUCCUGACGCUCAUGGGCGAGAAACUGAAUGGUACAGACCCUGAGGAUAUGAUCCGAAAUGCAUUCGCCUCGUUUGAUUUUGAAGGCAAGGGCGUACUGAACGAGGAAAAGCUCCGACCCUUGUUAAUGGGAAUGGGAGACAGGUUCACUGACGAUGAAUGCGAUGAGAUGUUCCGCCUAGCGAACGCUGACGACGAUGGAAACUUCAACUAUCUGGACCUUGUUAAAACAAUUAAACAUGGCGCAAAGGAUGACUAAACACGGAUAACGAACGAUGAAAUAUAGUGCAUCAACAACAGUUCUCUGCACUCGGAAAUAUGUUCUAAACUAUUAUUGUUUUGUCGUACAAGUUAAACUGUUAUUUCUUAGCCUGUUAUUGUAGCCGAAAAUCGACUCGGAAAGGAAAAGUUUAGUUAGAGUGUUAAACUUGUGUUUAAGAUAGGAAAGAAUAAAAAUGUCUUGGUAGCUAAUACA